AUGAAGUGCCACUACGAGGUGCUGGGCGUGAGGCGCGACGCCGCCGAGGAGGAGCUGAAGCGGGCGUACCGCCGGCUGGCGCUGCGCUGGCACCCCGAUAAAAACCUCGAGAACGCGGAGGAGGCAGCGGAGCAGUUCAAGUUGAUCCAGGCGGCGUACGACGUGCUCAGCGACCCACAGGAACGGGCCUGGUAUGAUAAUCACAGGGAGGCUCUGCUGAAAGGGGGAGUUGAUGGAGACUAUCAAGAUGAUAGCUUAGAUCUGCUGCACUACUUCACUGUUAGCUGUUACUCUGGAUAUGGGGAUGAUGAAAAGGGAUUCUUUACAGUCUAUCGACAAGUUUUUGAGAAGAUUGCAAAGGAAGAGUUGGAAUAUAUGACACAGGAAGAUAUUGAAGAAUUCCCUACGUUUGGGUAUUCCCAUAGUGACUAUGAUACGGUAGUCCACCCUUUCUAUGCAUAUUGGCAGAGUUUCUGUACGCAGAAAAACUUUGCUUGGAAAGAAGAGUAUGACACACGACAAGCCUCAAACCGCUGGGAGAAGCGAGCUAUGGAAAAAGAGAACAAGAAAACGAGAGAGAAAGCAAGGAAAGAGAGGAAUGAACUGAUCCGUCAACUAGUAGCCUUUAUUCGUAAAAGGGAUAAAAGAGUACAGGCUCACAGAAAACUUUUAGAAGAACAAAAUGCAGAAAAAACUAGGAAAGCAGAGGAAUUUCGGAGGCAACAGAAGCUAAAACAAGCCAAGCUUGCUGAGCAGUACAAAGAGCAGAGCUGGAUAACUAUGUCAGAUCUGGAGAGAGAGCUGCAAGAGAUGGAAGCACAAUACGAAAAGGAAUUUGGAGAUGGAUCAGGUGGUGAAGAUGAAUUAGAAGAACAGGAGACAAAAGGUGUUGAAGACAAACUGAACGACGAAACUGAAGAAGCUGAAUUUGUUGAUGGUCUGUACUGCCCUGCUUGUGACAAAUUGUUAAAAACUGAGAAAGCCAUGAAGAAUCACGAAAAAUCAAAGAAGCAUCGAGAGAUGGUAUCACUGUUACGUCAGCAAUUGGAAGAGGAGGAAGAGAAAUUUCCUGUGUCUUUGGAGGAUGCAGAUGAAAUACAGACCAAAGAGGAGGAAGAAACAGAAGACAUACCCAAACAGAAACUCUCAAAGAAACAAAGGAAGAAACAGAAAACAAUGAAGAGUUAUGAGGACUCUUUUGAUCAAAGUGCUGAUGAAGAAACAGUUGAACAAAAGGAAGUACACAGCAUGGAGGACUGUGGCUCAACAGAGGAGUUGGUAAAUGAUGGCCAAAGAUGUACUAUGUCAGAGGACACAGGCGUUACAGAUGAUGUCAGCCAAGAGAAUGAAACAAAAAGUGAAGCAAAAAGCAGCACUAAGCCUAAGGGGAAGAAAGCCAAGGAAGCAAAAAAGUCUGCUAAGGCAUCUUCAGAGAGCUCAACAACGAAUGAAGUUCCCAUCCACUGUGUAACCUGCAAUUGUGCAUUUCCAUCACGAAAUAAAUUGUUUGAACACCUGAAAGCCACAGGACACGCAAGAGCAACAACAACACCGACUGUAAAUGGAGCUGCGAAUGCCAAAACUAAAAAAGAGAAACGUAAAAACAGAUAGAACUUUGCUAUAGUGACCGUCUUCAGAAUUGUACAUUAACACUCUCUCAGAAGUGAAACAUGCACAUUGCCUGUGUCUGGAUUUAAACAAAGAAGGCAAGUACCAAAAUAGGAAAAAAAAUGAAGAUGCACAAAAGGAAUACUAUCUUGUGGAGGACUCUGUGCUUUCUUCUGUUUUAAACAACCUUCCUUUAAUCAUAGAAUGGUUUGGUGUCACGGCACAGGUGGGUGCUCCUGCCACCAAACCACUCUGUCUAAAGCCCCUUACCCUGCAGCAGCUUUCACACCACGGGUGGGGAAGUAGUAACUUAAAGCUACUCACCCUGUGUUGCUGAAGAAACAUGCAUGGAUAAAGUAACCACACAGAGGAAAUAAUAAAUUAUUUUGACAC